ACCUGCAGUUGUGAUGAUACAUCACAGGAGCUUCUGAACGGUUUCAUACACAAAAGACGCCGCUUCCAGCUGCCGGCGGGAUAUUUAGAAGUGAAAUAAAGGAGACAAGCCAACCCAAACGUAUGAAAGAGUUAAUAUCAGACUGAGGACUAGGUUCCUCUCCAUUUCUUAGACGAACAUCAUCACGCACUUGACACAAAAUACUGGGAAACAGAAUGCCAGCCAAGACACCCAUUUACUUAAAGACGUCCACACCAAAGCGAGGCAAGAAGCCGAAAAUACGGGACGUUCUUUCAGGAGACAUGAUAAGUCCGCCGCUGGGUGAUGUGCGUCACAGUGCCCACGUCGGGCCUGAAGGAGAAGGGGACAUGUUCGGCGACGUAGGAUUCUUGCAAGGCAAACUCAACAUGCUUCCAGCCCUCAAUCAGACGCCCGCCUCUCGUUCUCACAGCAUUGACAGAAGAAUGGACGAGCUCUUCGAUGUGAACAGCAGGAGCCACACUUACCAUCGCAGUCACAAUUCUCAUCACAGUUCUCUCCUGAAAACCACCAUCUCCAUGCCCGUGUUCAUCACGCCCGUGCAGCCUCCCCCGAAACCCCCGCGUCUGCAUUUAGACGAGCAGCCGUCGCCCGUUCACAAGCAGCAGAACCACCAUCACAGUCCGGGGCAGCAGCGCUCCAUGUCUGUGUGCGAGGAAGGGAUGGUUAAGCGCAGGGAUCCCUGUCGUGACCUCGCUCUCUCCUCCUCCAUCGCUGUCCUGCCGCACAUGGUGCCUUCCACGGGCUCCUUAUCCGAGGCUUCCUCGGAUGACUCCAUGUCGGAGGGCUGCGGUCCGCUCGAUCCGAAACGAGGCUUGAGUCUGGACUCUGAUGCAGGGCUAAGUAAUGAGGACCUGCGGAGCGAACACUGUGAAUCUCCGGCUAUCUCCCCCAGCAUGUCUCGUUCGGAGUCUCUAAUGGGUUUGGACCUGGACCUGGGACCAUCCAUUUUAGAGGAUGUUCUUAGGAUCAUGGACCGUUAUAAGAGUGUGGAAGAGAGGCAUGAGAUAUAAGGAGACUCUUUCAUAUACUGUGAUAUAGGCGUCAGCUCAAACAUGCUGUCUUUCAUUGCCCGUUUCAGAGGACCGGGAAAAGAACCGGGAUGAGCAAUAGCUGGCUGUGCCACAGAUGCUGCAGAGUUAUGGCACAUUUUUAUCCACUCGCAAUUAUAACAAAUAGGCAAUUAUCUUUACAGCUUUGACUCUGAAAACAACCCAUCAAUCUAUUAAUUCCCAUAAGGACAUUGUUAGUAGAUAACAUAACAAGAGCAGUGUUUUGCUGGGUUUUGGUCAUUCUAGGCUAACUGGAGAUGUAAAACGUUUAAGCAAUAACAGUUUGUUUAUUUUUAUAUUUGCUAUUACUCAUUAAGCUUUGCAGGGAAAGGAAUUGGGAUUUCGGCUAUCUAGCAACUUUACGUUUUGCAUAAAGUUCUGACAGUAUCAUUUUUAGUCAGUGUAGGUGAAUAUUACCAAGUAAUGACCCAAAUGACUUCCACUGGAGUUGACCUAUUAUGCGGUUGUGUAAAACAUGAACGUGACAUGAUCCAAGAUAAUUCGUUGUCCUGCCUACGAGUACAAAGGAAAUCACUUUGCAAAGGUUUAUCUUUGAUGGCGUGCUAUAAUACAGUAUUGUAAUUGUAAUAUAUGAAAUAAAAUGAUCAUGUAAAUAAAAUAUGAUAAAAAUA